AAAACGAAUUAGCAAAAAAAUUAAUUGGAAAAGUUGGUGGAACAGCUAUUGUUCUUCAUACUCCAAUUACAUGGAAAAAGUUAAUUAAUCUAUUUAUGCAUAUGGAAAACAGUUACUUUGCUAUUAAUAAAAAUAAUAAGAGUCUGCAUGUUAAUGAAAAUAUUUUGAAGAGAGUAGCAGAUUACAAGUUUUAUAAGGCUGAACAUUCAUAUCAAAAUAUAUAUGAAGACAUAACAGAAAGUGAUUCUAAGAUGAACAAGUGCAUUUUAUGUGUGGAUGAUAAUUCUAUUAGUCUAAAGAACACAUUGCAUCAAGUUUCAAAACUUGGUUAUUCAACAAUUUCUGCAACCAAUGGUUUAGAAGCAGUCGCAUUGAUUGAUUCGAAAUCUAGUGAUACAUACCCCUCGAGUUCACUUUUUUCAGAUAUAGAUCAGAUAAAGUCUCAUAAAAUUUCAUUAAUUUUAACAGAAUAUAAUUUGCCAAUGAUGUCAGGCUUUGAUGCUUCACAAGCAAUUAGGGCAAUGAAACCACCAAUUUCAAGUAUUCCAAUCAUUGUCCUAACAGAUUUACCAGUAGAUGAGAUACGAAAAAAUGUAUCGAGUCAGGAAUAA